AGUGCUCCACAGGACUCAGAAUUAGGCCAGCCUCCUGGGAAUGGGCAUGGUUUAGAAAGAAACCCUCAGGAAAGCAGCCUAGAAAGACCUGGAGGUCGAGACAUCUCAGAUCUUCCUGCUGCUGUGCAACUGGCUGAGAGCGUAUCUCCAUCAAUCCCAAGGCCUGCGAGCAUCAGUAACGAAGGCAUCUGUAGCUACAGUGCUGAAGACGUGUCCAAGCCAAAUCCAAGCAUGGUGUCUUCAGAGGUGACAGGACAGAACACUAUCUUGCAAGAGGAAGGAGGACAAACCGAGUCUCAUUUCUUAAAGCAGGCUGCAGGAGCAAGGGAGGGGAGUCUGUCUGUCUCAGUGCCUUUUGCAGAGUGUGCCAAAGAAAGUGUCACAGGACAUCCUACAAGCGGCAAUGACAAGUCACCAGCCUCAACCUGCAAUGAAGCAGUGCCAUCACCGGCUCCAGUCAAUGACAAAGAGGGGACAGCACAGGCCAGAUCCAUGGACAGAGGCCCUAAAUGUGACAAUAUUGCUGUCACUUGUGUGGAAAACAAUGAGAAUGAUCCCAGCAAGCCAAGCCUGGAGUCCAGCCCUCCUGCAGCAAUUACAGCAACACGAGGAGUCUCACAAAUGAGUGUGAGUGAAUUAGGAGGGCUCUGGCAGGGCGAGCAGCUGGGUGGCAGGAGGGACCCACAUGUCAGCACGUGUCCCCAGGGUACAGAAGCAGGGGAUUACAUCCCUGCUCAGGAGGCCAAGCAGGAGCAAGGAGGUUUGGAAGCAGGUCAGCCACAGGCUGUAAUGCAGCAAGGUAGACAGAACCCAGAUGGUGGGGAGGGUCUGCUAAUGAAAGAAGAAACCUUAAUCCUAAAUUAUCCAGCAACAGGAGGCUCAGACAGUGAAAAAUGUGGAGCAAUUGUGAAUGCUCAGGGCUUCACUGGGAUCAGUGAAGUCUGUAAUCUGCAGCUAGGGGAUGUAACAACAGCUAAAGGGAAUGAGGCAAAUCCAGCUCUAUCUGCAAGCAAAGAGGAGCAAUCAGAAGCCUGUACUUCAAUGUCAGAGUUGCCUUCUAACCCUCUCCUCCUGGUACCAAAGCCUGAAGAGCCUUCGAGGGAAUAUGUGCCUGGAAAUUACUCUCAAGAUGCAGUGAGGAAUGAAGUGGUGAAAACAGCCGCUGACAAAAACAAACCCUCUUUUCAAAGAGAGCUUCAAAAGGAGGAUGAGCUUGUUAGUGCCGAGCAUUCCAGUGUGCCUUUAUCAUUACAGCGAGAGGGAGAACAAAACUCAGCUGUCACAACUGAAAGCCCAAAAGAUGAAGCCAGUAGCAAUGGAAUUAUAAAAGCUGAGGCUGUGUCUAGAGAAAGCACCACACUUUCUGAGACAGAACGUGUUAUCAAUCCCACCACAGAAAAUACCCUCGUAGAUAAAAGCUUAUUGCUGGAAGAAUAUGCAUUAAGCACUUCUUUGAGCAGAUCCACAGAGCUGAAUCAAAAAGAAACCAAGGCGAGUGUAACAGGAGAUAAAAAGGAAAUCAGAGCAGAAGUGACAGAGAGCAGUGAAUUAACUGAGGGGUUGAGUGGGGCACAAAGACAACUGUUGAACCCUGUUAGUAGCCACCACCAGGACGUGGAAAAUACCCUUUUGGGACACAAUCCUCAAGUAUUGGGUCUUUGUGAAAAGACUUCAACAGGUGACCCAGGGGAGGAAGCUGGGGCAAAGCCUCUGAAUUUAGACUUUAAAUCACCCAAUGACAAUUCACAGCCUCUUGAUUGCAAACCUGAACAACAAACGCGUAAAGAGAAAACUGAUGCCACAAACAACCUGGAGAAUAAACCUGUGGCUUCCCCACAGUUUCCAAGGCAGGAAUUCCCACUGGGGCUUGAUUGCUUUAACACCGAGGCAGAAGACAAACCAUUGGGCCAGUUAGGCUGUAACAGGACCGACAAAGUUUGUUUAGCCCAUGCACACAGUUCACUGCCCCUCCACUCUGAGAACAAUCAUGUUAAGCAGAGUAAGCAGGAUGAGCCCUGGGAAAAGGCUCUUGCUAGAGAAACUGUGUUGGAAUCUGACUCCAAAUCAAAACCCGAGCUCCAGGGCUUAAGUGAGUUGGCAAGGCCUGAGGAUCGCAUGGCUCUACAAGACGAGAAGGGCUCGUGGGUUUCAGACACUGAAGAACACAACAGUCAUAUCAUGGCAGUGCCUUGCAGUGAUUCAGAGCAGGGACCUGCAGCUGCACAGCGCAGUGGUGUGGGUGGUAAAGAAAACGAGGGUAUUCAGCAAGAGAAGCACCAAGCUGUGGUGGAAAGCUUUGUGGAGGACAAAGAUUUGGCACUGAAAGGGGAAUGCAAAUCGGAUGUGCUGAUGCCAGCUCAGCUGGAGCAAGUGGCUUGUUCAGAAACCACCCAAGCUGAUGUUGGCACUUCAGGACUAACUCCUCGUGUGGAGGAAGGAGGUGACAGCCAUGGCAAUGACAACCACUGUCCCUCUGAGCAUGGCACAUGCAGCUCUUUGGAGACCCUGGAUUGCAGUGUCAGAGAAUUGCAGGAAAAUGCAGAUGUUCCACGUGCUCUUCCCCAGGCAGAGCAAAUGGAGAGGUCAGUGUGUGCUGCUGGUGACAGUAGCUGGGUUUCAAAUACAGGGCUUAAACAACAGCAGCACCAAAGCAGUCUGACAACUGUCACAAGAGCAGAUGAUCAGGAACACAAAGAAAGGGCAGUAAAACCUGAACGGCUAUUAGACCUAAAUAAUGACAGCAGCAUACCAGAAAUACCUCUAGACAUUCCAAACAACCUUAAUAAAGAAUCUUCUGUGCUAGAUCCAGUGACUCAGGACACAACAAUAGAAAAGGACAAGGAUAAAAGCAGUGCUGUGGUGUCAGAGACACGUGAACACGGGCAAAAUACUCCUGGUGUGACCAUGUUUAAUUUGCAAGAUCGCAAUGAGCAAAACAAAACUGAUCUCAAGGCAGAAGAAAACUGCUGCAGUAAGCACAACCCAGACGAGACCGAGCAGGGUAAUAAUUCUUUGAUCUCAGCUAGUCAGCAUGAAGCAGCAUGUCAGAACCAUACGUUUGCUAAAGGAUCUGACAAGAUUGAACUGCCAGGCAGGAUAGAGGAUAAUAGUGGUGAAAGCCAGGCUGCUGCUGCUAUAAAGGCUCUUCCACGGACACAGAAUUCAGCAAGUGCUACUAACACGUCACAGGCUUUGCCAAGUGAUAUGGAACCAGCACAUACUUCUGAUAAGCCUGGGAAAAAUGAUCCUCAAAUAUCUCAUCCAGAAAUGCAAGGGAAAAGGCCGUUAAUGGCAAAGAACUCCGAAAAGACUCUGACUGCUGAUGGGGGAGUGAUCCAGAGCAAUGGAAACAUGGAGGAAAGUGCUGCUGUCACAGAAACAAGCAAUGUGAAGAGUGCUAAAAGUCCAGGGGCACAGGGAUGUCCUUCAGCGUCACAGGCACAUGGGGAAGUAACUCCCACCAAUAAGCUGUAUGAACCCAGCUGCCUUCAAAAGACAGCAGAGGAGCCUCGUUCUUGCCAAGCAGAUUUCACAGCCCUCUCCACACACACCUCUGCACUCGGCCAUCCUGGCCAGCAACCUGGAAACCAUACAGCCAGCGGUACUGGGGGGGAAACACUAAGUGAUGAGAGGGAAGUUGUAGCACACCAAAAUGCCUUAGAGGGUAACUCUGAUUUGGAGAUUGAUGCAGGUUCUCAAGUACACUUAGGUCCCUCACCCAGUGUAAGCACAAGUAAACCAGCAAAUCCAGACAACAGCUCUGGAGGAGAGGUGCAUGUGAAUGGAAUAGAUGUUCCACACCAAAGUUUUCAGGGUGAUGGAGACAGGAGUUCAGCCCUGCCAGAGACUGUAAAUGUGGGGCAGAGUACUGUAAAUGUGGGGCAGAGUACUGCAAACUUAUCGCAGUUCAGUUCUGAGAAGCUGAAGAAAGAGAUCUCUGCAAUUAAAUCCCCCAAAACAAAAAGUGAGGUAAACUUCAAAGCACAGCAAAAUGACAGUUCAGCAGAGUCUCUGCUCACUCUCCCCGCUCUAGAAGGGAAGCUGCUGAGCCUUUCAUCAUCACAAGAAAGCUGUAAUGAGGAAAUUGCAUCUAGUGUGUGUGUAGAUGACAAGCACGGUAAGAUCUUAGAGAAACCUGGGAAUUCAGAAGAAAUGGAAGAGCUUUCAAAAGAGAAUAAUAACGUAACUGGGACAGAGCUCAGCACUUCCGAGCAGACUGCAGGGAGCUCUGGAAGGGAGCAUGAGGCUCUGACUUGCAGCUCUCUGGACAUCGGCUCCAGCUUCCCAGAUUUUCGGGAGCACAUCAGCCAGAUAUUUAAAAGCACUGUGCAGAGCACGCUGAGUGCUGAGUUACCCCAACGACUGCCUGAAAACCAUGCAGGCUUCAAGCAGAGGCCGGUGGCCAUGGAUACAGCAGGAGCGUGCGGUGCUGAGAACUCUUCAGGAUCAAACAAGGUGGGCAAAGGAGCUCCCGAGGGCACCUCAGAAGCAGAGGAGCAAGAGCUGCCUUUAGCUCCUGAGGCUUCCUGCAGAGGUGCCAAAGGGAAGUCUCUGCAACAAGGAAACACAGCAGCAGAGCUGCCACCAGCAAGUCUCCAGGAUGCUGAGGAAAACAAGCAGCCCAGUAGGUGUUUAGAAGUGGUCCCUGCAUUGGAUGGCACUACACCUGCUGCACGCCCUCUGGAACACCUGCAAAAGCCAGAGCAAACCACUGAGCAUCCAAGGUGCGGCGAGAUGGAAGGAGAGGAAGGAGUGUGUGUGAGUGGUGUUGAUCCCGAAUCGCUAAUAAGCUUAGGGAUAAAGAAGCAAGGACCAGCUUCAUUUGGUGAGGCAGCAGCUGAAAACUUCCCUGCGUGUUCUGACAGUAAGCAGCAACCCGCUGGAGCUGUUACCUCGAUAGGUGAUGCACAGAAGAGGGACUUAGAAGACGCUGCUACUGCAGAGGGAAAUAACUUAAUUACAGAGUGUAGCACAGAACUAGUUUCAUCUGAAGAGGAUGUAAAUCUUCCUACUGAGCAGCGCCAGGAUCCUAAGGCAAAUGAGCAGGAGAAAAGUGAGUACAGUGAUGCAGACAUUGCCAAGAGCAUCUCUGACAUGGCAGCAUCAACACUUGUCCCGGGAGGAUCUUACAAUCACGAAAAAUUGCCAGGCAAUUUUAAUGCAUCACCUGGGGGAAAUCAGGAGACACACGUUCACAGCAGUUUCAUGCAUGACAGUAAGUCUCAGAGUGACGUGCAGGUGAUACAGGAUGAUCCAGUGGAUAGGAAAUGCUUGGAAACACUGGAAAAUCAGCAAGAUGCACAGCAAGAAGAGAAAGGGACCGUGCAUGGGUUAAUAGAUUACUUAAAAACUGAAGUAAGCCAGGAUGAUUGCUUGCAAACUGACUCUACAGUAGAAUCUAGCAAUAUGACUGAGGGAGAUAUAAAAGAGAACAGUGACAUGGUGUUAAGCACAACAAAGUCAGGUAACAUAAAAACUGAAGACACCCCCGAAACAGGUACUGCAAGGAUGUUAGUCACUGGUGAAGGUGACUUGGCUAUAAACACGAGCACUGAAGAGCAGGACACAGAGCUGUACAAAAAUCACUCCCCAGCCACUCCUGUGAUGGAGCAGGGUGAGCGUUCUGCACGUACAGAUCUCACUGAUGCCGAAAAUCAGCCCAGCAAGAUGAAUCCAGAAGAUGAAAGCUUGCUUCAGGAUGCCACAGGAAAGCUAUCCCUGCUUGCCUUAGCUGAGCCUAAGAACCUUGACCUCGCUGAAGUGCAAGACAUGGCUGUGGCAGGAUUACCUACUGAAAG